AAAAAAAAAAAAAAAAAAAGGAAAGCAACUAUUUCCAGUUCAAGAAGUGAACGAUCGAGAGAAAAGGGCCACGAAAGUUAAACGAAACAGUCGAAUUCUGAAUUCUUUUACGAUUCUCACAUUGGUCCGAAAGUUUUGAGAAUGUUUCCCCAGCGAGGGACUUUGAAUUUUUAAAAUUCUUUCUGCACUCGAGUUCUCUCUUUGGAUUGAGUCUCCCAGACGUUUCGUAUUUCGAAACAACUCUGCGUACGGUGAACGUAUGGCGAAUGCACAUGGAAAAGCUAAGACUCGCUUUUCGCGGGAUCUACAUACCAUUUGGUGGGAGUUGAGGCGAGAAGAUGUGGGAAUCAAGCAGUAUGAAAGUCUCUGACCCACUGACAUUCUCUUUAGUUAGUUGGCAGAAACAAACGUCGAUAAUCCGUGAGUCAGAGUCUCGAUGUUCGUAAUCAGGAUCAUCUGUGAAGUAAUUUUUGGAGAUAGCCACUUCGUCGAGAGAAAUUGUAACUGGUCGAAUCUCGUUUUGAGAUGCGCUUCAGUCGCGGUUUGUUGACCAGUGUCGCUGUUUGCUUCACAGUACUCUUCGUACUUUUAAACUCGAGAUCAACAGUAGAAACUGUUAACGAUUCGGGGAAACCUAAUGUUGCAGAGCAGGAAAUUCGUCAAAAAAUCCAGACGUAUCGACGCGUUACACCUUCCCUUGCGGAACUGGCUGUUCGUGAGAGUUUGCACAAAAUGAACGAGCACAUUUUGAUGUUGACUCGUGUACCUGACGCCGGGUCUGAGCUGUUAGUCUUGAUUCUACAACGUUUGCAGGGUUACAAUGCGUUUAAACAUAUACGAUUACCACCUGGUGAUCAUGGGCUUCUGUCAACUUUACAGGAGGUACUUGUUUAUCUGAAUACAACGAACUUUUGGUUGAGGAGAUCACUAAUAUCAUAAGACAGGAGGCCAUCCCUCUGAGCUUCGACGGGGAUGUUAGAUUUCUGAAUUUCUCCAAGUUCGGACGGGAGCCUCCGACGUUUGUCUCUCUAGUGAGAAAUCCCGUAGGCGCGCGUAAUUUGCACAGAGAGAUAAAUAACAAGUGGGCGUUAGAACGAGCUAAAGCGAACAUAAUUGAAUACUAUCCUGUCGUUGCUGUAUUAGAGCACAUGGAACGAUCCAUAGAUGUACUGGAGUACAAAUUCCCAUAUUUCUUUCGUGGUGCUAAAGACAGUUACAGGAAGAUUCAAUCUGGAGGGAAACGCUUUUCCAGUCCAACGUUCAGGCUAAAGCCACGAGAAGGAGACAUUUUAUUUAAGCUUCUUAAGGAUGAAAUAGAAUUUUACCAGUGGCUAAAACAUCGACUUUUAAACGAGACAUUGGUCGAUGUUGAUGGAAAUCGUUAAUAUCUAUGACUUUAUAUCAUGCUAACGAUAGUUUCGAAAUAUACCAAAGAUAAUUAUCGUACUAUUUAUUCGAGUAAUAAUAAUUCUUUGUCGAAAUAAAUUUUAUUGAAAAGUUUUUGUUAGACAGAAGUAUGGUCGUAGAUUAUUCUCUUUAUCGUUAUUGUGAGAAUUAAGAGUACGACGAAAUGCCUGGUUUCUUCCAGGAUUUCAGUCCACGUGAGAUCGGCAAUAAAUCUAUUAUUAUUAGCUCUUUACUUCUACUAGUGAAAAUUCUUAAAAAAUAUUGCAUUUGUUGGUAGAUUUUUCUUAAGUAAAUCCCAUGAAAUUCUGUAAUACGCUUUCGCAAUUAUAUAUUUCUACCUUUUCGGUAAGAAUUCUUAAAAAAAUACUGCAUAUGCUGAAAAAAAGAUUUUCCUGUCACAAUAAUUCUUUGUUUUGAGUAAGAAUUUUAAUUUUCCCGCCUCUGCUUGUUUGAUAAAAGUUCUUAAAGAACGAUACAGGAUACAGUAAGAGAAAUGCUGCCCAUUACCAUAGUUUAUAAUUUAUUAAAUUUUUACACUUUUAUUAUAAAUCCAUUAUAACAAUAUGGUAUAAUAAUUCAAACACGUUCUCAGCGUCGUUGUUACAUUUACGUCUUUGCGAUAGCAAUUUUUGACGUACAGCUACGUUGAAACAUCCUCGUUGCAUGAUAGUGUAUGAUAGUCAAAACUUUUGUCAAAGAUGUCAUGCCAAGUUGAACAUACACGUAAUUUAUAUCGUUUCAUUGUUAUAAUAAUUCCGCAAUUUUAAUAAUCGGCAAUUAUCUGUCGAAUAUAUUAAUAUAUAGUAUCUUUCAAAGCUGCUAUCAAUUACAUUUAGCAUAUAAUCAAAAAAUAUAAGGAUCUAAAUAUUCUUCUUACUUUAACUUGUGCAGGAAAUAAAGAGAGAAUAUCUUUCCUCAGGUAAGUAGUCUAAUUCGUUGAUAUGGAAUUUGCACGACGCAAAGUCCAAUGAAAUACCUAACUGUAUUAUACAACAUUUGUCUUUGCAACUGAGACGAUUUGAACGUGCGACACAUCGCACAUCUGCCGCUAUCGAGGAGAAAGGUAUAUCUCAUCAGAUAUAUUAUAUUUCAAACGAAUAUAUUUAGAAUAAAUAUGGAAAUGUACAAAGCAAACAUUAGAAAACGUACAGUGAUCGUGGUUAUUCCGAGUGACAGAAGCAGCAGCCGUGUGUGUUACAUUGCCAAAGCUGUUAUCGUUUAUUUACACUUGCUAGCCUUCGAAAAAUGCAAGUCCAUGUAUACGUGACGAGAGGUGGUUACCAACAUUGAUACGAUAAAAUCGACAAAUUACUUCCAAUCACACAAGCGCGUCAGGAUACACUUCCCCUUCCCCUUCGUAAAUAGAACAUAUAAAAAUAUUUAUUCGAGCAGUCGAAAAUCCCAAGUGUUGCUAUAAAAAACGCCAACUAUCGUUAUCAACGAUGGUA